AUGAUGUUGCGCGCAUUUGCCGUUUGUUUUGUUAUUCUCAUAACCGUUAAUUUUGUUUCAUCGAGAUGGUUACCAACGAGGAGUCAAGAAGAUAGAUUGGACAAACUAAAAGAAAUGUUAAAAGAUUUACUCGAAUCGGAAAUAGAAAGAGCUAAUAUCGAAGGUAAAUAUAUGUACAAAAGAGAUGUCAACACUCAAAUCGAAUCAAUUCAACCGAAAAACGACCAUGAUGAUAAAAAAUUAUUUAAAGAAACAAACAACAACAACAAACAACUCGAUACAAAAUCUCAAUUAUAA